AUGAUUUGUGAGCAAGUUUUUCGAAAACUGCGCAAGAAUGAGCCAAAGGUCUGGGACAAAGACUAUCAACAUGCAUUUGACACCAUCAAGGGCUAUCUUUCAAAUCCGCCAGUGUUGAAGCCAACAAUACUGGGUACCCCACUCAGGCUUUAUCUUACAACAAAUGACACAGCAGUUGGGGCCAUGCUCGCCCAAGAAAUCAAAGGCAAAGAAAAUGAUGUGUACAAUUUGAGCAAGAAGCUACUCGAGUACGAAACCAAAUAUACACAACUCGAAAGGCUCAGUAUCUCCUUGGUUUGGGCCUCAAAGAAACUCAAACACUACAUGCUCUCCCUUAUAGUGCAUGGUUCAUUGGUCUCUGAUUUCAUGGCUGAUUGCCCUAUCGAGGCAGAGGAAGAAAGUUACGACCUGCCCAAUAAGAAAAUUCUAAUGACAAGUGAUGACAGCUGGUCGUUGCACUUUGACGGUGCUUCCAAUCAAUGCGGAUGCGGUGUCGGGGUAAUCCUAAUAGAUCCUGAAGACACUCACACUCUACUCUCAACAAAGCUACAAUUCAAUUUUACAAACAAUGCGGCCGAGUAUGAAGUCUGCAUCAUGGGUCUGGAAGCCGCCAUAGCAUUGGGUGUCCAUAAACUUUGA